AUGAGCCAAGGGGUCUUCUUGGGCCACUGGAGCGGCUUCGGGCACCGGAUAUAUUCGCCGUGGAUCACCUCUAACUCGGGGCAGAAGAUUUCUGGUGGACAUACGAUGCCUCCCAGCAACAUUUUCAGACCACGAUUCCCGCAGACCGUCAUGCUCAGCCCACUGGCCACCCUAUUGCUGCCGAGAUUCAAGGCGUUGAGCCCAAUGGCGAUCACGUCUAUUGCCUCGCAUACUGGUAUCUCCAGCGAGGCGGUUUACGUCUACGAAAUCACAGAAUCGGCCUCACAUCGCGAGAAAGACACCAAACACGACUGGGACGAGAGACACGUCGGCCUACCGUGA